AUUAAUUUGAUACUCGCUGAUGACCUGUCAAAGUUUUUUAGAAUAAAGCUUCUUCAUUAAAAUAAGCGCUAGAAAAAACAGCUUAGAACAUUCUGCAUACAUAAUAUUUAAUUAUUAUUUAUUUCAUUUAUUAUUUAUUUGGCGCUUAAUAUUCAUUAGCCUAGAAGUUAGUUUCAUGAUAGCCGUUUCGUUGAAUUAAAUACAGCUGAUAAUACGAUGAAGCCCUUCCACUUGCUGGUAACCCUGGUCGUCCUCUGCUACCCCCUCGUGCUCGGCUCCGCUUACGAACCUCUGCAAACUUCCUCGCUCACAUCCAGCCAAACUGCUUACUUGCAGCAACCACACAAAGUCGCCACUGAAGACAAAGACAUCCAUGAAGAAAAAAGCAUAAACGAUUUAAUUCGACGAAGACGCAACGUGGCAGAGGUGGCCAGUUUGAAGUCGUUGGAUGGUGGCGACGAUGACGACUACAGCAGCAGCGUCCCUGACGACGUCACAAAACGCAGAUGGGAUAAAAAUUCAAUGAAUGUUUGGGGCAAGAGAUCGGGUGACGAAUUUUCUGACGUGAACAAGCGACAGUGGGGUACGAGAUCUAUGAAUGUGUGGGGCAAGAGGACUGCCCUCCUCGGUUACGACCAACCUCAGGCAAUCGAUGAAGAUAGUCAAAAUGAAGACACCUAUCCUUACGUGCUGCUGGGAGACGACGCACUGACGAGGAGGAAGCCGCUGAUGAACCCGGAAGAGGACAGGGAAGAGAAGGGGGUCGUCAGGGGCAAGAAGUCGUACUGGAUCAAGCAAAUGCCAGUGAAGUUGACCAGACCGAGAGAUGAGAUGAAGAGGAGAUGGAAGGAGAACACGAUGAAUGUCUGGGGUUGAGAAUGCCUCGUCAACUGACAGCAUACCAACAUGAAUUAGUCAAAUGUUUAUUAAUAAUUAAUAUUUGGUUGUAAGAUAUUUCGAGAAGCUACUCAUUUCCAAGUCGUAAAACAAUGUUUUUCAUAUAAAAAAUUAUUGACAGCAUGUGAAAAAAACGUGCAAAAAUUAACUUUAUAAAAUAAAAUUUUAGAGUUGCA